AUGCCUGGUGCGGAUGGCAGUGCUAUUGGAAUUGAUCCCAAGGAGUCUUGUCGGAACAUUAUCCAUUGCAUGCCGUUGUUCUUCCAUCCAGCAACCGGUAUUUUCCGUCAGCAUCUUGUCCCUUUCCCGCUUAUGGCGGCGAUGAAGUAUUUGACUACAAGCGGGAAUAUUGGCCUGGAGGAAGAGAUUGAAUUCCUUGUCCAAUUCUCUAAAAGUGUUGAGUUUGCACCAAUGCGCCACUUCAUUUCUAGCUUGAAGGGAGAUGCUUUCCUCGUCCAGUACGAAUAA